GCGGGCACCUCGGUCCCGGCUGCUGCGGACCCUGAGCGGACGGAGGCGGCCGGCCGCGGCAGCUGAGGCACCGCGACGCGGACCAGGUGGAGGGAGGGGCCGCCGGUGCACACCCGCCCGCCAUGAAGCCCCCCGCAGCCUGUGCAGGAGAUGUCCUGGACACAGCGGCCCCGUGCUCCGUGGUGAACUACCUAAGAUGGGACCUGAGCGCCCAGCAAAUAGGGGAGCUCACUGUGGAGCUCAUUGAGCAAACUAAGCGUGUAUAUGACCAGGUGGGCUCCCAGAAGUUUGAAGACGUGUCCUAUGAGAGUACCCUCAAGGCGCUGGCUGAUGUGGAGGUGUCCUACACAGUUCAGAGGAAUAUCCUUGACUUCCCGCAGCACGUUUCUCCAUCUAAGGACAUUCGGAUGGCCAGCACAGAGGCGGACAAAAAGCUGUCUGAGUUUGAUGUGGAGAUGAGCAUGAGGCAGGAUGUGUACCAGAGGAUUGUCUGGCUGCAGGAGAAAGUUCAGAAGGACUCACUGAGGCCAGAGGCCCUGCGGUACCUGGAGCGACUGAUCAAGCUGGGCAGGAGGAACGGGCUGCACCUGCCCGAGGACACUCAGCAAAAAAUCAAGAGCAUUAAGAAGAAGCUGAGUCUUCUGUGCAUCGACUUCAACAAGAACCUGAACGAGGACACGACCUUCCUGCCACUGACGCGAGAGGAGCUGGUGGCGUUGCUGGGGCUUGAGCUGGGGUCUGCAGACGCGCCCUCCCCUUUUCUGUGUCUUGUGUGGUGGCCUGGGCCCUCUAACUGCGGCCUGGGGCGUGUCUUCAGCGCACAGACAUCCAUUCCCACACAGACGCUUGUGUUUGUGUCCACGCCGCGGUGUGGCCUCGCUUCUCCUGUUCAGUGUCUCCAGCAGACGGGGGAGAAUUGUGCGAUCCUCAGAGAGCUGGUGACCCUCCGGGCCCAGAAGUCCAGCCUGCUGGGAUUCAGCACGCAUGCCGACUACGUCCUGGAGAUGAACAUGGCUAAGAGCAGCCAGGUGGUGGCCACUUUCCUAGAUGAGCUGGCCCAGAAGCUGAAGCCCCUGGGGGAGCAGGAGCGGGCCGUGAUCCUGGAGCUGAAGAAGGCCGAGUGCGAGAAGCGGGGCCUGGACUUUGACGGGCGCAUCAACGCCUGGGACAUGCGCUACUACAUGAACCAGGUGGAGGAGACCCGCUACAGCGUGGACCAGAACCUGCUCAAGGAGUACUUCCCCAUGCAGGUGGUCACCAAGGGCUUGCUCAGCAUCUACCAGGAGCUGCUGGGGCUGACCUUCGACCUGGAGGAGAGCGCCACCGUGUGGCACGAGGACGUGAAGCUGUACUCCGUGAGGGACUCGGCCUCAGGGAAGGUCAUUGGGAAGUUCUACCUGGACCUUUACCCAAGGGAAGGGAAGUACGGGCACGCGGCCUGCUUCGGCUUGCAGCCAGGCUGCCUGCGGCACGACGGGACCCGCCAGAUCGCCAUCGCGGCCAUGGUGGCCAACUUCACCAAGCCUACCCCGGACGCCCCGUCCCUGCUGCAGCAUGAUGAGGUGGAGACCUACUUCCACGAGUUCGGGCACGUGAUGCACCAGCUCUGCUCUCAGGUGGGUGCAGGGGCCUCGGGGACGGGCGCGGUGCUGGCGGUUGGUGCGUCUGGAGGCAGCCGCCUCCCUGGACGGCGCCCCGCUCCUUGGGUCACCACCGGGCCCUGCAGACGGCUGGCUCACUGGAUAGAAAUGUGUCUCAGCGGGGCUGGGGGUCUGCGGUCAGGGUCAGCGGUGCCCGCAGCCGCUGUCUCCUCACGCCCUCACACCGUUGUCCCUCUGUGUGUGUCUGUGUCCUCCUCUUCUCCCAUAAGAUUGCUGGUCAUUGGGUUAGGGCCACCCUAACUCGUUUUAAGCUGAAUGUUUCAGUGAUCGUUAGUUUACCAAGUCACGUAGCCAUCACUGCUACCCAAACUUUUUUUUUUUUUUUAAAGAUUUUAUUUAUUUGAGAGAGAGAG